UACUUUAUCAAUAAUUUGAUAAAGAUUAAAAUAAUAUUAAUAAUAUUUAAGUAUUUGCGCAGAAAUAAAUUGACUUUAACCGAAAUUUAACGCUUCAAGUUGCUGGCACAGGUUAAGAGUUAGAGUGGGGGGUAUCACAGGCACUACGUUGGGCGUAUAUGAAUACGUCCACGAGAGAUGCCGUCGUUUCGUGUUUCGAGUUUUUGCACAACAGCCGUGGGCCAAGCAACAACGCACUCGCGCUCAAGUCAAAUCACAUUCUUCAAGAAAGAUUCGAAGUUCUAUAUUGAUUAUUACAAAACUGAAUUACUGCAGUCUCCGUUUCUCUCAAUGGUUUUAGCCUAACCUCUUCUAUUGCAAACUACAGUGGAACAUGACAAAAGGUGGCAUCACUGGGGAUGUGUUGGAAGCACGGACAGAGCUGUGCUCAUUGAUAUGACGCCAUUUUACUAACCUUUUCGGCGCGGAUCGCGACGAUCCACUUAAGGUGCUCCACUUCGUACCACUUCAAGAGCGUUCAAUUUUAUCGUUUACAUUUUACAAACCAUACACGCUCUUUCGUAAUUCCAAGAGAUUCGUUCAAGCCGGAUUUAACCGGAAGGUAUGCAACCCUCGUUGCACUGGGAUCAUUCUUAUGUGCAACAAAAGCUUACAGCAAUACUUUUUUGCUGAAAUUUGUUACUACGGCAUCCUGGCUUCGUGUGUACUUUCAUUCGUCUUAUUUUGACACUAAUUUCGUCGUAGUAAACUGUUUUUGUGGGAACUUUGGGGCUGUGUCAUCGUGGAGUGAUGAUCACUGCGAAGGGCUUCUUGCAUGUCAUACCAUGUGCUCAAUUUUGUAAUACCCUUAUCAGAGGUAAUAUCACUGUAGCCAAGCAGUGUUAUUAUGGAAGAUGAAGAUGGUGAAAGUAAAGUUAUGGAUAUGUGGAGCAUUUUGGGAAAACAACAACUUAAAGAUACUUCUAUUGGAAAUUCAUUGAAGUCAUCUAUUGACAACACAUAUACUGAUGUAAUAGAAGAAGAAAAGCAAUUAUUGCAAUAUAAUUCUAUUACAACCAAAGAUUCUCCAAGCAAAAAUAACAGUACAGGAUCAAAAAUUGUGUUUAAAGGUUUUAAAAAGCGUAUUUUGGCACAAGCUCAAGAAACACAAACAAAUACAUUAAAAAAUAUAGUGCAAGAACAACAAUCACCGCAUUCUAAUGUCUCAUCCAAAAAUAAUAAAGAAAAAAGGGCAGAAAUCAAACGAGGCAAAAUAACAGAAUAUGCACAAUAUUUGGGUCUUCAACCUUCAUCAAAAAAUAAGUGUUCAAAGUGUCAAUCAUCAUCAAAUUUGUGUUCUUCAUUAAAACAAAGUUCGUGUUCUUGCAAUUCCACAAUGACACCAAUGCCCAGCACAUCAGAAUCAUCUACAGUGCCACAUUCUCCCAAUUUUAAAAUUACAAGAAAAGUUUAUCUUUGUGCAGCAUGUGGCACAUAUUUUGAAAAUUGGAAUUUAUUUUUACAUAUGAGAGAUAUACAUAAACGUCAUAUAUGUUUAUUUUGUCUUGGAAUGUUUGGUCAAGCUGAAAGAUUAUCACAUCAUUUAAUAAAAAAACAUAGUGUUCCAGAAAUGGCGUUUACAUCUGUUGAAGAUUUUUAUGGUGCUUUCAAAGGAUCGUGUUAUUUAGUUUGUUGCACAUGUGAGAAAGUUUUUUCAGAAACAGAUAAUUUUUAUAAUCAUUUUUGUUCACCAACAUCUAAACAAGAUAUUACUACAUCUAUAUGCACAUUAUGUAGACAAACAGGUUCACAUGCAAGUACUUGCAGUUUAGCUGUUGAAACUAAUAAAGAAAUAAAUUCUGGUUUACCACCUACUACACAAACAGGGGUAAUAUCAACUAAUGUAUUUGAUAAGGAUGUAAAUAGUGAAAAUAAGACUGUCCCAAGGAAAUUAAUAAAAAAUAAUAGAUCUAAACACAUGGAAGAUAUGUCAAAUCAACAAAAAAUAAUUCAUGCAAAAAAGACCAAUAAUAAAGUUGCUGUAUCUCAGUCAAAUGAGAGCCAAGUAAUUGAUGAAACAUUAAACAGGGAUGAGAAUUCUCAGAACUUAAUAACACAAAAUAUAGCUAAAGAUACUAUUUCAGAAACUAUAAUGGAAGUCUCAAAAUAUAUUGAAGAAUCUAAUGAGAAAAAGGAAGAAACAAAUGAGAAAAAGAUUUGUCAAAGUAAUUCAGAACUAAAUUCUGUUAAUUCACCCAGCCAUAAUAUGCCAUAUGAUAGUGUAACAGAAACUAUUAUGGAAGUAUCACGAUGUACAAAUAAUGUAGAAAAUCUUGAUGAUAAAAAUAAGAAAGAAAAUGUAAAAGAUGAAGUUUCAUUGAAUGCAUCUGAUAAAUCAGAAAUGGAUUCUAAUGAAACAGCUAAACUUGAUACAAAAUCUUUAAGCUCAACUGAAGAAACUAAUACUAAAAUAAAUGAUAUAAAUUCUAUAAAUCAAGAAGUAGAAGAAAAUAUAGUGAAAGACAAAAUGGAAGAAACUAUAUUAAAAACAGAAGACUUUCAAUCUCAUAUAUCUGAAAGUCCUGUGCAUAGUCCAGUUAGUAGAUCAUUAUUUAGUCCUCAACAUGAAUCAAAUAUAUCUGAUCUCCAGUCCAAAGAAAAAAUUUAUGAAAAUGAUAACAAAGAAAAUUUUGAUGCACCUAAUGAAUCUCAGACUUCAGUAUCAUUCAAUACCAGUGAAACUUCUGAUAGAAGUUUGGUUAUAAAAAUAUGUACUAAUAAAAAUUCUCAAUUUUCUGUUGCAACUAAUAAUGAUAGUGUAGAAAAUGAUAUUAGUAGAAAAUCAGAAGAAAAUAAUAAUGCAGAAAGUUCAUUAACAGAAGAAAAGGAAUCUAAAAUUUUUGAAGAGGAAAGAGAUAAUAGUAAUAAUUAUCAAGUGAAUGAUGAAGACAGUGAUUCUGAUAGUUUCAAAUUGGCAGUAGUAGAUAGCAAUCCUGAAGAAACUGAGGAAGUUGAAGAAAGUAAUGAAUGUAAAACAGAAACAGAAAUUAAAAUUGAAUCAAAUAUAAAUAUUGGAAAUAAUGAAAAUCAAAUUGAAACUGCUGGUGAAAAGACAAUUAAUAUAGAUACAAAUGGAAAACAAGAUGAAAACACAAAAGAUAAUAAUCAAAAUCAGAUUGAGAUUUCAACACAAUCUCAAAUGCAGCCAAGUGAUGGAAUAAUUUUGGCUGGAGAGGAUGUUCCUUGCAUUGAUCUUAAUGUUGAUGGUACCUUAGAUAGUAUAGAGAUAGAAGAUUUAUUAAAACGUUGUAUAGAAGCAGCCAGUCCUUUUUGCGUUUAUUGUAAUCACGCACGUCAUAUAGCAGUUAAUGGUAAACAAUUAGGAUUACAUGUACUUGCAGAACAUAAAUUUCAACCUCAACAUCCUGCCAUAAUUAUUCAACCAGAACAAUUUAUUAAUAGAGUAAAAAAGUCUCUUGAUGAAAUAGAUUCUCAUUUCUUUAAUUUAGAUUCUUAUAGUAGCACAAAUGGUACAUAUAAUAUUCCAAAUGUAAGGACAUAUGAAUGCUUUCAUUGUAGAUUCCAUUCUGCCAUACAUAAAGAACUUUAUCUACAUAACAGAAAGAUGCAUCAAAAGACAAUUUUAAUUUGUAUUAUGUGUAAAUCCACUUUUUAUAGUUAUAGUGAAUUACUUUGUCACUUAUGUCCUGGUACAUACUCUCCAAAUAUUAAUGUCAGAUACAGAUGUUGUCUUUGUCCUAUGGCAAAUCUUCCAUCUGCAUUUAGAUUAAUGGUACAUUUACGUAAAAGACAUCAUGCAUGUGAUGUUUGUUUAGAAUCCACUGGAAAUCAGCAGCGUCUUUCCAACCAUGUUUGGAAACAUAAACUUCAUCAUUUAUGCUAUAGAUGUGGUAUUGCAUAUAGAAACAAACCAGAUAUCACAAAACAUUUAUUUUGGAAGCACGGAACAGAAAGUGUAUUAUGUAAAAAGUGUUUACAAAAAAAGUGGCCACAUAUUUAUCACUUUUGUAUACCACCUACAGCUUUUGUUUGUGAAGAAUGUGGUUCUAGUUUUUCACGAGCUGUCGCAUUGAAAGUGCAUAAAAGAUUACAUUCCGGAGAUCAUCCAUAUGCUUGUAGCGAAUGCUCUGAGCGUUUCAUUUCUCGAAAAUUAUUGACCAAACAUGAAAAUGCUCAUAAAGAACCACCACCAGUUAGUACAAAUUUGACAGAAACAAUGAAUCAACAACCAGCGAAUAAUGAAGAAAAAUUAGAUAAAGAAAAAUCAGGUAUAAAUGAUGGUAAUACAAAUGUUUCUGAGUCAACAAAAGAAACUAAAGAACCUGUGAAAAAAGUUGUUGAUGUUUACGAUUUACCACCAUUGAACUUAUCUUCUGAAAGUGAUACAGAUUCUGAGGAAGAAAAGCAAGAAACUAAAGAAUCUGACAAUACUGAAAAAUUGAAACCAACCGAAGAAAAUGCAAUAUCUUCAGAUCAAUCAAAAAUCGUAACUUCUGAACCUGUUGCAGACAGUAUAGUAGAAGUUGAACAAAAUGAAGAAGAGAAAAAACAAGGGGCAGAAAUCAUGGAUGGUAUCUGGGAUAAUUUUAAAACGUAUGCAGCUAGUUUAGAAAUGAAAGAAUCAACCAAUAAUUUUGCAAUCAAAGAACAAGAGCCAGAGACCGACGUAGCGUUCCUAAGGAGUAUAGUGUUGGCCGAUCACGAUUAUUGUGUCGUAUGGUCGGAUAAAGAAAAGGAAAAGGAUGCAGCGUCAAAAGCAAAUAUCAAAGAAGAAGCAAACUUAAGCGGGGACCAAGAUUAUUUAAACAAAAUGCAAACAAGUCCAUUGGACAGUAACGGAAUUCAAAAUACUAACGAAGAUGAUCCGAAUAAGAAAAAAGCAAAAAGUCCGAAGAAAAAGAAACAAGGUGGAAGUACGUCAUCGAGUGAUUCAUCAAGUGAUAGUGAUUCGAGUAGCUGUUCUUGCGGAACUAACUGUAGCUGUAGUAGUUCAUCUUCCGGCAGUUCUUCUAGUUCUAGUAGUAGUUCUGAUUCGGAUAGCUCUACUUCGGAAGGUUCACCGAAAAAACAAUCUAAACGAAAAAAGGAAAAAGAAGGUACACAAGGAGCGGAAACUGAGCUUGAGAACAAGGAAAUUUCUCCAGAUAAAAAUGGAUCGACAUCGGUUCCUGCAGAGCCAGUUUGUCCGCCGCAACUUUUAUUGAGAGAAUCUGAUUUAGAAACCGAAGAAACGGAAACGGACGAGGACUUUUAUGAUGAACAUCCACAACAACUUGCGAAUAAAUUACUCGCGGAGAAACGAAAUCAAUUAAUGCUUCUUGCUGCAGUUGCUCCAGCUUCUACAGAAUCAACGAUGCCGUUGAAUAACGGUUUGACAGAUACAGAUAUUACGGUUCCUUCUCCGGACACGAUACCUGCCGCCACGGAGGAGGAUCAAUCCCAACAAAAGAAAAAAGUAAAAACAAAAAAACGAAAGAAAGGAGAAAAGGCAAAACAACGUAAUGUGACGCCAACUGUCGAAUCCAUUAAAUUAAACAUUCCUAAAGCUUUUUACCAAAAUAAUCCGGGUUAUUCGGCUUCUUCGCCAGCGUUGAUGCAAUCAAAUAUAACAUCAAAUAUGUCUACGAAUGAUGUGCAUGCUAUGAAUGCAGGUGUCGAAUCCCAAGCGGGGAUAAUAGGACAAAAUAUGGGUGGAAGUGGUUCAGAAGCAGAAAAUAAGCGAUCAUCGAAACGGAAACGAAUACCAAAACGAUUUUACGGUGAUUCUAGCGACGACGAAGUAGAAAAACAACCCACGGUAAAGUGGAGAAAAGUAGACACACCUUCUUUCACGCCGGUAUCGACCGUAAAAACAUUGCCACCGAGAUUGCCUUUUGGCGGGAAGAAUAUGGCUUACCGACCGAUGGAAAAUCAGCCAGAGAAUGUAGGAGUCACUACUGCUUCUCCUACCGAAUCGGAAGAGCCCGCGGAUAGUAGCAGUGAUUCUAGCGAUUCUGAAGUAGAAUCCAGUCAACAAAUGCAGACUCAUUUGACGGAAAGUAACCCACCAGCACCAGAGCGACCAGUUAAUUUGUAUUGUUAUUGUCAGUGUCCGUAUGACGAAGUGUCAGAAAUGAUAGCCUGUGAUGCCGAGGACUGUCGUAUUGAAUGGUUUCAUUUCGAAUGUGUCGGUAUUAUGGUGCCACCGAAAGGCAAAUGGUAUUGUCCAGACUGUCGGAAGAAACAUGGAAUCGUGCAAAACGAGGACUAUUUUGACUGAUAGCAGCGGGUCGUGUCUGCGUGUUGAAAUUUCUAUCUAGGCAUUCUUGACAAUGGAUAUUCAAUUUUCUCUCUCUUACAUACAUAUAUUCGGCAUCUAUCUAUUCAUCUAUCAUCUAUCUAUUUAUCUAUCUAUAUUUCUCAGUCUUUUAAAACUUUUUUAAGUAAUUUAACGAGGAUAUGUUCGAGAAUCGCUUCGAAUAUCGUUCAAAGUGUAAAAUAUUGUUUUAUGGUCUUUUAUUUAAUGGUUUGACGAAUUCUAGAGACUUGAAACGUUCCAAUAUUGCAAUUUUUUUAAGAUUAAAAUUAAAAACAUUAGGGUUUAAGCUUAACCCGCAAUGGAGGAAUAUAUAAGAAAUAUAUGAUACAUCAUUGAAAUAUUGAAUUUGUAUUAAAUAUCUUUCUAUGCGAACAAAUAGUCAUAGCAAUUACGUUAUUUCUAAUUGGAGUUAAAAAUAUUUAUAAGAAAAAUUAUUGAAUAAUCAUGUAAAUGAAAUACAUUAUUUAUGAA